AUGAACGCAGAAGUAUUGGCCAUAGAGCCUCAUCACAGAGUUAGCAUUCUGGUUAGAAACCUAGUGGUAUCAGUAAAGGAAAAAAAGAAAAAGACGAGACAGAACAGUAAUGAAAAGGAGUUGGAGUCGCUGGCUGCUAACCCCAAGAUCCUUGACAAUGUGUCGUUCGACAUUCAGGCCGGUGAAAUGAUGGCUAUAGUUGGAGGUUCAGGCUCUGGCAAAACAACUUUGCUUAAUACCCUUUCUACCAGAUUAAAUGUGGAGAACCACAGCUUGGACUUCUCAGGCUAUGUAGAGUUUUCAACUCCCAAUGGCGACAAGAGAAUCAAGAACUCGUAUCUUCAACAGUCUGAUGUGUUUUUGCCAGGUCUUACUGCCUUUGAAACAUUGAGGUUCCAGGCAGACUUGAGAUUACCACCGCUGGUUCUGCAAAAUGAAAAGAUUGCUCUCAUUGAAUCGUUGCUAGAUACUUUAGAAAUCUCCCACUUAAGAAAUACGAGAGUUGUCUCCUUCACCCAAAGAAUCAACCUAUCCGGUGGUGAACAGAGAAGAUUGUCGUUGGCUGUUCAAUUGCUCAAUAAGCCUUCCGUUCUUUUCCUUGAUGAACCAACUACCGGCUUGGAUGCUAGUAAUGCCUUGAAAUUGGUUCAAGUUUUGAAAAAGUUAUCGUCUCCGGAAUUUGGAGUCACGGUGGUCAUGUCGAUUCAUCAGCCCCGUUUGGAAAUCACAAAGCUAUUUGAUAAGAUUUGCUUGAUAACCAGUGGAGGAAGAAUGGUAUACUAUGGAGACCUUGCAGAAUCUGCUUCCUACUUCAACAGAAUCAGUUUCCUUAGCAAGAACACAAUUAGCAGCCACAAAUCGUCGAAUUUCAUCGACUAUAUCAUGGAUAUUGCAGUUAAGGACUCUACUACAAAGGCAAAUGAAGAGCUUACAUCCAAAAGAAUCGAUCGCUUGGUUGAAUAUUGGAAUGAAUAUAGUCCCUUCAAUCUGACAGAUAUUUUUGAUGGUGAUGGGAGCUUAAAAGAUCUAAUGAAGGUAUUCGAAAGACCAAAGCAAGAUAGAAUCUCUUUCUUCAAAGAAGUCUACAUUUUGACCAGAAGAACAUUUCUUUUAACGUAUCGUGAUAAGCUCUCUCUCUUGGCUCUAGACGGUGGAUCUCUUGUUACCGCAGUUACCUUAGGUUGGAUGUUCUAUAGACCUGUCCAUGACCUUUCAGGUAUUAGAUCGCUUAUUUCGUCCUUAUACAUUAUGAUGGAAAUUAUUGGGUUUGCCCCUGUAUUCAUUGAAUUGGAGAGAUUAUGGGGACCCGAUGGUAGGAACUUCUUCAGAGAAUACAAAGAAAACUAUUCAAGUAUUCCUGGUUUUGUGAUUUCUAGAAGAUUGGGCAAAGUCCUCUUAGAGGAUUUCCCAUUAGCUGCAAUCUUUGCUAUCAUUACCUAUUUUAUGUGGGGCUUGAGAGAAGGUGUAGGUCAUUUUUUCGUCUAUUUUGCUUUGACGGUAUUGACUUCAUUUAUUGGUAUGUCGACCGGUAUGGCUUUCUUUGCGAUUGGUUCCGAUUUUGCCAUAUCGAGUAUGUAUCUCAAUGUCUUCUACCAACUUCAGAAUAAUGCCUCAGGUUACUUUGUUAAUGCUGCGACCAUGCCGGUGUAUGUCAAAUGGACCAAAUAUAUUGCCUACUUUUGGUACACCUUUGGCGCAUUGAACGCAAAUCAACUAACAGAUUGGGAAGGUGUUUGCACCAGUAAUGACCAAGCUGAAUGUGUUGAAUACAGUGGUAAUUAUCAAUUGCUGGUUUUAGGAUAUCCUCGGCAUUGGGUGGCUGAACCUAUUGGCAUUUUGAUUGCCUGGUUGGCAGGCUUUUACGUUAUAACAAUCAUCGGUCUUUAUUUCAAGAACUAUGAAAUGGAAAUGUCUAAGACAAGGACAAAUACAAUUGGCGAAGAAGAAACUGAAGAGGAUGAAGAGGAAGAUGAUGAAAACAUUAGUAUCUUCCUCGAUCAAAUUAAACUUAAUGUCAUAACUAGUAAGUGGAUCCAUAAAGUCAAGGUAUCGAAAACCAUAUUGAAUGAAGUUACUUCAGAAUUUAGGGCAUCGUCGAUUAAUGCAAUUAUGGGUCCAUCUGGUAGUGGAAAGACAAGUCUUUUGAACUUUUUAUCCAAUAGAUUGUCACACUCUUCCAAAUUUGAAUACGGUGGUGAGAUAAGUUUGAAUGGCGGUGAUAAAAUAGCAAGAAAGGAAUUAGCAAGUAUUUCUGCAUAUGUGACUCAACACGAUAAUUCCUUAAUUGGAACUUUGACUGUAAGAGAAACCUUGUACUUUCAAGCUCAAUUUAGGUUGCCUCAUGAAGAGCAUCCUCGUAUUCCUGCCAUUAUCAAUAAAUUGAUCAGAGUUACAGGACUCAUAGAUUGUGCAGACACUGUUAUUGGUUCCGAUAUGGUUAAAGGGAUCUCAGGAGGUGAGAAGAGAAGAGUCUCUAUUGCUAUUCAAUUGUUAAGUCGACCAAAGAUCUUAUUCUUGGAUGAGCCUACUUCUGGCUUAGACUCGGCUACUGCCUUAUCCAUUUUGUCACUUUUGAAAGAACUAAGUGAACUCAGUAAAACAACUGUGAUUCUCACCAUUCAUCAACCAAAUGAAGAUAUGAUCGCCAAGUUUGAUAAUGUCUUAUUGAUGGCUGGCGGUGGAAGAGUUGUUUACACAGGUGGGAGUGAAGGUAUAGAUGAAUACUUCCGAUCGAUUAAUUACCCAAUCCCUGAUGGCGUCAAUAAAGGUAACUAUCUUUUGGAUUUGGUUUCAAGAGGUCUUGAUGAGGAAUCUUCCGAAAGUGAAAAUAGAAUUGCUACUCUUGUUUCUGCUUGGGCAAAUACGGAGGGUUCAAGACAAGUUUUGUCAAAGGAUUUAAAGAGAUCAUCACUUGAUCUAACACAGUAUCAUCGUAAAAAGCUUCCUUUUCUGACAACCUUAAUGGCUCUAAUUAGGAGACUGUUACUCAAUUCAAUAAGAUCACCUGAUAUUCUCUUUGCAAGGGUGUUCCAAGUCAUCUUAUUGGCUAUCAUUCAGACUCUUUAUUUUGCACCUUUGAGGAAUAACAGGGACGGAAUAAGUAACAGAUUAGGUUUGGUGCAAGAAGUGUUAAAUCUUUACUUCGUUGGAUUAGUCAACAACAUAUCGGUGUAUCCAAUAGAAAGAAAUAUCUUCUACCAAGAAUACAAGGACGGUAUUUAUGGAGUUUGCGAAUUUAGUGCUUCUUACUUGCUCAACGAAUUGCCUACUGAGAUUUUGCCUGUUGUUUUCUUUGCUGUGCUCAUUGUGUUUGCAAUAGGCUUGCCUCGAAAUGCCGCUAUGUUCUUCACUAUGUUCGUUGCUUCGUUCAUCCCAUUAAACAUUGGUGAAUCACUUGGUAUAAUUGUCAAUUCCAUUUUCAAUCAUUUGGGACUCGCAACAAAUCUCUUAGCAAUCACGAUUCUGUUUGCCAUUUUCAUGGGUGGUACAAUGUCGUUGCAGAUGCCUAUAUUGUUUAGAGCAGUGAACUGGAUCAAUCCAUUGAAGUUUGCGGUGGGUAUCACUGCCAAGUUGGGUUUCAAAGAUCAGACCUUCGACUGUGGUUUGGAAACCUGUACUUUGGAUACUGGUGAUGCUGUAUUGUAUUAUUAUGGGUUAGACCACAAUUUGGGGGUUUUCUUUGGCGCUCUUGUAGCUUGCCUUGUUGUUUAUAGAGCAAUAGCAAUCCUUGCUCUCUAUACAAGAGUGAAAUACUUCAAUUAA